UUUAAUUCAUCUUAUUCAGACUUCAGUGUAGGUUUGCAAAGAUUAAAGCAUGCUUUAAUCUUUGAUUGUAGGUAAUGUAAUAAAUGGUUAAAUAUUUUUUUUUCCUUUGUUGUACCAUAGGAUUAGCCCAAUGCUUGGGUUCACCUGAAAACAACGAUAAUCGAUGGAUUCACAAUUCAAUGGAUGUAAGUGACCUUCGAAGGAUAUUUCAAGUUGAAUCACCUCAACAAGUGCCCGAGUAUGAUCUCGUCCAUGUUCGAGUUAUCUCCAAGAGAGAAGCUCCAUCACCAUCAUUGUCACCUAAACUAUCGACAUUCUCAUCAAAUUCAUCAUUACCCUCUUCAUCAAAACCAUCAACCACAACAAAAACUUCAAAAUACAGUGAAGACUCCAAAAGGAUACAUCUACAGGUAUUUGGUAAAGAUUAUGAUUUACACCUGCAUCCAAAUAGUGAUUUUAGUGAAAGGAUAAAAGACAUGAAAGUUUUCAUCGCUGAAACCAAUCCUAAUGGGAAGUUAAGUUAUCAUGAAGAACCAAUUCAGGAACAACCUGAACUUGGAAAACCUUACCAUGAUCAUUUGAAUAUGGCUGCUGUACUAGUGAGUCAUGACCCGGAAGGAAGACUUCAAAUGGAUGGGACUUUGGGCAACAGUUUGGUGAUUAAACCCUUGAAUGCCCACAAGAAUGCCCAUGUCGUGUAUAAAAAGGAAUUUAAUUAUAUUGAUUCGGAUUACCUUGAAUUGGAACCGGGUUUAAAUUUAUACAGUUUAAAUGCUUCUCAAGCUCGGUCAUCUUACUCUUUGCCAUACAAUUCAGCGUCUUCCAUGAAUACCUCCAACCAACAUCAUGCUAAUCAACCUAAUGCAACCAAUUAUGGCGAUGAAAAUAAUAAUAAUAAUAAUAAUAAUAAGCAUCAUCGAUCGAAACGCCAAGCUCCUGAUACAGUGUGGCCUGAGGUACUUCUAGUGGUUGAUUAUGAUUCAUACAUAUUACAUGGAGCUAAUAGUCGAGAUGUUAAACGUUACUUCAUCAGCUUCUGGAACGGAGUUGAUCUACGAUAUAAAUUAUUGUCUCAUCCAACAAUUCGUGUUAGCCUGGCUGGUAUGAUUGUUGCUAAGGAUCGCGAUGCAACUCCAUACUUGGAACGUAAUCGUCUUCGUCCUCCUAAUGCUGAUGCUGUUGAUGCCGCUGGUGCCUUAACUGAUAUGGGUAAAUACCUUUACCGUGAGGAUAGAUUGCCGACUUAUGAUUUAGCUGUGGUGAUAACUAAACUUGAUAUGUGUCGCCGACGUUACGAAGGAGGUCGAUGUAAUCGUGGUACAGCUGGUUUUGCCUAUGUUGGUGGAGCUUGUGUUGUCAAUAAACGACUAGAAAAGGUUAACUCAGUUGCAAUUAUUGAAGACAGCGGAGGAUUUUCUGGUAUCAUUGUUGCUGCCCAUGAAGUUGGUCAUUUACUGGGAUGUGUCCAUGAUGGAUCUCCACCACCAAGUUAUUUGGGUGGACCUGGAGCUACACGAUGUCCAUGGGAAGAUGGCUUCAUUAUGAGUGAUCUUAGGCACACUGAACGUGGAUUCCGUUGGUCGUCUUGCAGUGUUGAACAGUUUAAACAUUUCCUUAACGGUGAAACAGCGACCUGUUUGUACAAUUAUCCGCACGAAAACCAGCUCCUUCCAAGAGUCCUGCCUGGCACCAUGCUCACGCUUGAUGAACAAUGCAAACGAGAUAGAGGAACCAAUGCUUGCUUUAAAGAUGCUCGUGUUUGUGCUCAACUUUUCUGCUUCGAUUCAGCCUCUGGUUACUGUGUAUCUUAUCGGCCAGCUGCAGAAGGAUCUCCGUGUGGUGAUGGACAGGUUUGUCGAAAUGGUAAAUGUCAAGCUGAAUUGGAAAACAUUAUUCCCGAUUAUACCCAUGUAACUCAGACAAUCAGUCGAUCACCAAACUCUCGAUCAAAUGAAAAUGUUAACAAUGACAACUCGGUUCCAGCAAGCAUUUCCCGUAGAAGCUCAGCUGCUCGUCCAAAAUCGCGGUCUUCUUCCGUUAGACCAAAUUUAAAAUCGUCUCCCGGUGAUAGCCUUUCAUCGGUAUCAUCUGAUUGCCAGGAUAAUGUUGAAAAAAUAGGUGGCUCUAUGAGCUGUGCACAGUUUCUUGAAAAAUAUAGUUAUCGUUAUUGUAAUCAUAACUACGUUAAACGCCAUUGCUGUGCAUCUCAUGCACUUCUCUGCAGCUCAGAGUGAUUAUGGGUUCAAGAGAAGCAUUUAGACAAUCAGAUAAUUAUUGGAUAAACUGGCCAAAUUUGUCCUUGUUAAUUGUGCUGCCUUUAAAAAUCUCUCUCUAUCUUUCAAUCCCUUCUUCCCUUUCCUUGCUCUUUUACUAUCUGCCUCCAAUUUUGUUGAUAUUUUUUUCCCAAAAACAAAUUUCAAUUCAAUCUCUGUCCAUGUUUAUGAUGUCCAAAAAACACCAAUCAACAAAACAAUCAAUCUGUAAAUAACUACUUUUUGGCACGAUCGACUUUUUAUAUACAUAUACAUAACAUUAUUUAUGAAAUUGAAAGAAAACAAGAACAAAACAAAAAUUCAAACUUAGUCAUCAAUUUUUCAUUCACUUUCAAAUCGUAAUGUAUCUUCUUCUUCCUCUUCUUCCUCUUCUUCUUCUUCUUCCUAAUCUAUUUAUUUUUCUCCCUCUCUCACUGUUAGAUUAUUUCAAAUGAAUUUUCCUCUUUUUUAAUCAAUCACAAUCUUUCCUCAAUUUAUAUUCAAAGUUUUUGUUUAAUAUUUGUAUUAUUAUUAUUACCUUUUUUUCAAUUGAAUUUUACCAAAUUUUCUUA